AUGAAAACCGCAGUUGCACAGGUUGUUGUCUUUCCCGUCUAUGUUGUCGCUCUAUUCGCGUACCUCGGUUUCCUCGAUGGUGCCCCCAGCAUCACAGAUAACAUUGCCCACAAGGCUCCACAGGCUUUCGUAGCAGGUUGUGGUUUCUGGCCAGUCGCGAACAUGUUUGGAUUCAAAUUGUAA